AUGAAGACUGUUGCUGCUCUCAUCUUCACUGCCGCUCUGGCAAGUGCCCAGGUCCAGUACAACGAGACCACCGGCCAAUACACCUGCGCCAAGCCCGGCCAGGCCUACUGCGCUGGCGACUCUCUGGCGACGAACAUCAUCAUCCGCUGCGAUGAGAAUGCUAUCGGCCAUGGAGGCAACUGCAACGACAACCUGGCCGGCGAGCCGCCGCUGGGUGUGAACUUUGCUCCCUGCUGGCAGACCUCCGAGACCAGCGGCGAUGCCGCCUGCUCCAAGAACUGCAUCGUCUAUGGCGGCUCUGGCAACUACAACGGCACCUUCACUCUGCCCGCCGAUGUCUGCACGCCGUCUUACACUGCCACCAGCUCGGUCGCCAGCAGCACUGCGGCGCCCACCUCCUCCGUGACCACUCUCACCACCAUCUACACCCAGACCACAACCCCGGAGGGAGAGUCCACCACCAUCACCGACGUCUACACUGAGACCACAACCUACUGCCCAGAGUCGACUGUCACUCCCAUCUCCAGCUACACCACAGUCAUCCCGCCGCCCCUGAGCACCGGCCCCAGCUCCAGCAUCCUGCCGCCUCCAAGCAACGGAACUGCCACUGGCACCGGCAGUGCCACCCACACUCCCGUUGGCCCGACCACCACCGGCGCGACCACCAUCCCCACGGCUGGCGCGGCCGCGAACCGUGUCGGCGCUGGCCUGGCUGCCGUUGGUCUGGCCGCUGCUUACUUCCUAUGA